CAAGGACAGCCAACGGUUUAUUCCGCAUUAAAGGAGAGGCAAGACAUACUUGUGUCUUUGAGUCAACUUUUACCAGGCCCUCGGACUCCAAGGAAUGCAGCUCUCCCCAGAGUUCAGUGGUCAGCUCGUGAGAGUGAAAUCGGAACCACCUGACGUUGCCUGCCUCCCAGAAGAGGCCCAGAUACAGGAACAGCACUGCAGGGAGUCUCCAUCACGAGGAGUGGCAGCCGGGAUGGGUGAUGUUAAAGAAGAACCUCGAGAGGAAUCUUCAAAUGAAGAUCCAAUCAUAGAAGUGAAGACAGAGCCUUACAACGUUGCAAUCUUGGCAGAAGAGGAGCAGAUGGGACGCAGCUGUCAAUCAACAUCAGGAGGAGCAAGAGAAAGCACUCGUUCGCUCCACGUAAAGGACCAGCCCAGAGGCAUUUGUGAUCCAGAAUCUUCAGGUUUCACUUAUUCAGAGGCACAGUUCAAGAUCAGCACAAUAACCACAGAACCACAAUUCGACAACACUGCACUAGUCACUACAAACAGUCGAACCACAGAGCAGCCUCCAGAUCAGAGCAACCCAUGUGCACUUGCAUACACGUCAAAACAAAGCCUGAAACACCACAUGCUUGCACAGUGUCACAAUGAGUCUGAAAUGUGUCCAGCUACUCCAUCGGAUGCUCGGAUGGGAGAGGAGGGUUUUAGGUGUGACAUCAGUUCCUCUGCAUUCUUGCCAUCUGGGGAUGAUGCGAGUCACGUGUCACAGCGUACUGACGAGAAGUCGUACAAACUGACACACGCGGAUGAGAAAACAUACAAGUGCAAUGUUUGUCCUGCGGAGUUCGGUCAGAGAGGGCGCUUUCAGCAACACAAGCGGACACAUACGGGCGAGAAACCAUACAAGUGCGAUGCCUGCCCAGCGGAGUUCAGCAAAAGUGGGACCCUACAAAGGCACAAACGGACACAUACGGGUGAGAAACCAUACAAGUGCAAUCUUUGCCCUGCGGAGUUCAGUCAGGGAGGGAACCUCCAGCUUCACAAGCGGACACACACCGGGGAGAAGCCAUACAAGUGUGAUGCCUGCCCGGCGAAGUUCAUCCAGAACGGGCUGCUCAAGCGUCACAAGCGGACACACACCGGCGAGAAACCAUACAAGUGCGAUGUUUGCCCUGCGGAGUUCAGUCAUAGCGGGCACCUACAGCAGCACAAGCGGACACACACGGGCGAGAAGCCAUACAAGUGUAAUGUCUGCCCUGCUAGGUUCAGCAAAAGUGGGACCCUACAAAGGCACAAACUGACACACACCGGCGAGAAACCAUACAAGUGCGAUGUUUGCCCUGCGGAGUUCAGUCAUAGCGGGCACCUACAGCAGCACAAGCGGACGCACACGGGCGAGAAGCCACACAAGUGUAAUGUCUGCCCUGCUAAGUUCAGCGAAAGUGGGACCCUACAAAGGCACAAACAGACACAUAUGGGCGAGAAGCCACACAAGUGCAGUGUCUGCUCUGCAGAGUUCGGCCGUAGCGAUAGCCUACUGAAUCACAUGCGGACACACACGGGCGAGAAACCAUACAAGUGCGAUGCCUGCCCGGCGAAGUUCAGCGUGAAAGUGAACCUACAGCAGCACAAGCAGACACAUACGGGAGAGAAGCCAUACAAGUGCGAUGCCUGCCCGGCAAAGUUCAUCCAGAACAGGCUGCUCAAGCGUCACAAGCGGACACACACCGGCGAGAAACCAUACAAGAGCGAUGUUUGCUCUUCGGAGUUCAGUCAUAGCAGGCACCAACAGCAGCACAAGCGGACACACACGGGCGAGAAGCCAUACAAGUGCGAUGCCUGCCCGGCGGAGUUCAGCAAAAAUCCACACAAGUACAAUGUCUGCCCUGAUAAGUUCGGCCUGAGCAGGAACGUACAGCAGCACAAGCGGACAGAUACGGGUGAGAAGCCACACAAGUGCAAUGUCUGCUCUGCAGAGUUCAGCCGUAGCGAUAGCCCGCUGGAUCACAAUCGGACACACAUGGGCGAGAAGCCACACAAGUGUAAUGUCUGCCCUGCUAAGUUCAGCGAAAGUGGGACCCUACAAAGGCACAAACAGACACAUAUGGGCGAGAAGCCACACAAGUGCAGUGUCUGCUCUGCAGAGUUCGGCCGUAGCGAUAGCCUACUGAAUCACAUGCGGACACACACGGGCGAGAAACCAUACAAGUGCGAUGCCUGCCCGGCGAAGUUCAGCGUGAAAGUGAACCUACAGCAGCACAAGCAGACACAUACGGGAGAGAAGCCAUACAAGUGCGAUGCCUGCCCGGCAAAGUUCAUCCAGAACAGGCUGCUCAAGCGUCACAAGCGGACACACACCGGCGAGAAACCAUACAAGAGCGAUGUUUGCCCUUCGGAGUUCAGUCAUAGCAGGCACCAACAGCAGCACAAGCGGACACACACGGGCGAGAAGCCAUACAAGUGCGAUGCCUGCCCGGCGGAGUUCAGCAAAAAUGUGACUCUACAACAGCACAAAUGAACACAUACGGGCGAGUAGCCACACAAGUACAAUGUCUGCCCUGAUAAGUUCGGCCUGAGCAGGAACGUACAGCAGCACAAGCGGACAGAUACGGGUGAGAAGCCACACAAGUGCAAUGUCUGCUCUGCAGAGUUCAGCCGUAGCGAUAGCCCGCUGGAUCACAAUCGGACACACAUGGGCGAGAAGCCCUACAAGUGUGAUGCCUCCAGUGCUAAGCUCAGCCUGACCAGGAACCUACGGCAGCACAAGCGGGCACACAGGUGUGAAGCCAUAAAACUACGAUGUCUGUCCUGCGGAGUUCAGCUAGAGCGGACACCUACAGAGUCACAAGACAGACAGACUCGAAGCCAUUCAGGAGCAUUCCCUGUUCUGCAAACUUGAGGUAGUGCCAAACCUGCAGCAUUACAAGUGGAUGUACAUGGGUGUGAAGUAGAGCCCUGCACCAUCCGCGGAUGGAAGCGGAUAUCCGCAAGAUACUUGCGGAUUCGGAUGAAAAAUUAGCACUUUCUGCGGUGUGCGGAUCGGAUGCGGAUGGCUCGAGGUCGGAUGCGGAUACGAAGGCAGCGGAUCGGAUGCGGAUAUACCGCGUGCUGUCAUUUUUCCACCCGCAAUUUAUUUGUAUUGCGCGCCGACAGCGAGUGCAUGCUCUGGUUCACCUUUGACCAUGCACGGCGCCAAGACGGGAGAAGAGGCAUUCAGGCGUCUCGAACCGCGCGAGCGCCGACGAGGUAGCGUUCCACGCGUUCAAGAAGUCUCUCCAUAUCGCGUUUGUUGAAAGGUUUACCUUUGCUUGUCGUCAUGACUGAGUCCUUCCGUGACAGCAUGGAGGCAUCCGAAAUUAUACUAACAUGCUUCCGGCGGUCUUUACGCGUCUUUCGAAACGUGCGGAUUUUUGCGGAUCGGAUGCGGAUGGUGCGUUUUGCUCAGCGGAUCGGAUGCGGAUGUAAACUGUUGUGUAUGGUGCGGAUGCGGAUAACGUGUGCGCGGAUGCGGGUCGGAUGCGGAUGCCAAAAACCUCAUCCGUGCAGGGCUCUAGUGUGAAGCCCUACAAAUGCAACUUGUGUUAUGCAGAGAUCAGACACGGGACCAACAGGUGCCAGCCGGAGAACCUAAUAGCUGCUGGCUGAGCACGAGCUAGUUCAGCAGAGCAGGAACCUGUGGUUUCACACGUCGCCACAAGACACUUGAGAUUGAGACCGUGCAAGUACAGGUGCCACGUACUCAUACGCGUGAAAGAAUCCGUCCAAUUGAGUUUUGUGCUGUUGCAUGUUCUUCAUGAAGAAGCGCAUGAUAAUGCGCUGAGAGGAAAGGCUGUGCAGAUGCUGUCUGUAUCCUAUCGCAUUUUAUUUCUGUUGCAUGUUUCAAAACUCGCCCGCAUCAACAAAGGUUCAAAAUGUUCAGGUUAAAAAAGAGUGGGAUUGGAUUGGGUUGUAGGAUUGGAUUGGAUUGGAUUUGUUGUGUCGUCUCUUCAUCCCUGUCUCGGGUUCACCUCCUUCAUCAUGAACCAGCUUGUCAGCGCCCUGUCUCUUCUGUAGAUUGGAGAGCUGGAUUGGGUGGUGAUCCAUUGAAGCAUCAAGAAACCCAGUGCCGGGGAGACAAACAAACAAACAUGAAUGAGACAUCCUCUCACAGGCUCUGAACUGCCGAGAAUGGUUCAUUUCCAUGAGCAACAUUGCUCUUAUAUUGCUCCCUUUCCCCUUUUUCUUCCUUUCGUGAUGAACGCAUAUCUUCUUUACCGUUGACUAAUGAAGCGCGGAAGGAACACUGACUAACUAACUUACUAACGCUCAAAAACAAAAGGCACUUGCAUACGGAUGAAAUAUUCACUGCACUCUUUCGCAUUUUAGCUCCGCCCCACGCUCUAACUUUACGUCAUUUUGACGUAGCGCUUUCACCACCAAUUACGAUUGAGUGUUCCACGUACGAUUUUAUUUCAAAUGCGGAAUUGGACUAGAUGAACGUGAAUCCUCUUCUAUUCAAAGUCUAAACAGUUAGAGCCUCAAACUGAGAAAGAAAUGCGUUUAAUUUAGGUAUCAUACGCGCACUACGUUUUCUGGGCAGUAGCACGCAGCACACCACGAGCGCGAAUGAAUAUCUGGGACUACAGUUCCGGAAUCUUAGGUAGGUGCGCUAUGGAACAUCUUCGUCAUCUUCGAAUGGUUCCGACAACUGGGCUGCAGUACUUUGGUUUGAGCCACGCGGCAUCGCGUCACCAGCUCGCGUGGUACAGUGGAUAGCGUGCUGGCCAUGUCACGUCGUGACUGGGAGGAACCCGGGUUCGAAUCGUGUCAUGUGAUAGCAGCCCAGCUGUUGACGUUUGCGCCAUCCGGAGAUGUUGAAGAUGUCAUGACGUUGAAUUUCGGAACCACGGAACGCAAAACGUCGUUUCACACAAACAAACUGAGCGCUCCGACCCACAGCUGAUAACGAAGUAUGUUUAUUGGCUGGUAAUUUGAAACGUCAUGUGCACAGCUCGGCCCCCCGAUUGGACGGCAAAACGCUGCGUAGCCAUGUGACGUAUGCGUAGUGGAGAGAGGGUCGCUGGUUCCUCAUCUUUGAAAGCAGUUAUACGGGUCAAUGAGCUGGCACGAGCCGAACGAAAUGUGUAUAUGGGUAAUAUGAUCUGCAUUCUUUCAUGGGGUAUCGUUAUUUCAGAAAUGUUUGGUGGCCUGUUUACGGCCGCUUUAACGAAAUGUAUGGCAUUUGCAACUGCAAUGAUUGCUUUCUAUCAGCACUGUUGUAGCCAUCGUGCUUGAGUUAUGGUUAGUUCAGUGAUCUUCUACCACCAUCAGGGUUUGUUCUAUCAGCAGAAUGCUAGCCAUUGUGGCAGACAUAUGGUGGCCCUGAUAAGGGCCGUUUGUUCACUUCGUCCAGGUCUGCUGUUUCUUCUCCAGUGCACCAUGAAGCUACUGAAGAAUUCCUUAGCAUGUCCACAGUCCAUCUUCGAGUGUCCAUAUAGUUCCCUACAGGAGCACGCUGUUGGCAUAAGACAAUCCGCAGGUUGGAGCAUCAUCACGCAGCUGGUGCCUGUGGGACGCCCUGGACAGCGUUCAAUCAUGAAUGCAAAAGGCCAAUGCAACAUGCCUAGAGAAAAAGCAGAGAGAGUAGAAAAACAGUAGAGAAACUCCGACUUAACAUAACAAAAUAAGACGGUUUACUCAAACGUUUCGUCCGGGACGGACAUCAUCAGUGCCAAACCGAAUGAGAGAUUGCACAACCGGUCGCUAUUUAAGGAGAUGGGAGUAUCGUUCGGGAAGGGGGCCACGGUUUUUGCUACAAACCGAGGGGCCACCACGUAUGUGCCAAGACUCUGGAAGCGUUCUGGGUCCCCAUUUUUGUUCUCGAGCCAAGGUCACUGCGUUGUCGAAGUCGAAACAAUAUCCCGUGUCCCGACAGUGCUCUGUAAGCUCCGUCUUAAACCAUGUGGCGUGCGUCGCGCUUUUUAUGUCCCGCUUAUGUUCUUUGAAACGAGUUCUCCGUUUCCUGCCUGUCUCGCCAAUGUAGCACGUGUCCUAGUCCUGGCAUUGUACUUUGUAGACUACUCCAGACUGGUCACCAGUCCGGAGUAGUCUUUGUAGUAAACCUUGUUAUUUUGUUAUGUUAAGUCGGAGUUUCUCUACUUCUUUUUUUGUUCAAUUACAUUACACUACCCAUUGCACACUGAUCACGUUUGGUAAUGGAGUGUUACUGACGACGUACAUGGAGAAGGAGUACGUGUUUGUUUAAAAUCCGCAUCAAAUACCAGUGGAAAGAAAACACUUGACUUAGCUUCCACGUAUUCGAUUAUGUGCCACAUUCUCGGAAACCUCGCAGUCAAUGCACAGGAAUACGUUCUCCGCUUGCGGAGAUAUGUGUCCGAGCGUCCCCAUUUCGAGAGGAAAGGGACUCAACCCAAGGUCCUUCCGCAGGUUCCAAUCGCCAUGACAACGGUGCAGCGAUUUCCCCAGAAAUUCAUUGCUGGGGGGGUGCUGAGCUUCCAAGGGGGGGGGGUAUGCUUGGUGAAGGUUCGGCUUAC